AUGGCUGAAUAUUUAGCAUCAAUAUUUGGUACGGAGAAAGAUAAAGUCAACUGUUCUUUCUACUUUAAAAUUGGGGCCUGCAGGCAUGGCGAUAGAUGUUCAAGAAUACAUAAUAAGCCUACAUUCAGUCAAACUACUUUACUUCAGAAUCUUUAUGUUAAUCCACAAAAUUCAGCAAAAUCUGCUGAUGGAUCUCAUCUUGUUGCUAAUGUCUCAGAUGAAGAAAUGCAAGAGCAUUAUGAUAAUUUUUUUGAGGAUGUAUUUGUUGAAUGUGAAGAUAAAUAUGGUGAAAUUGAAGAAAUGAAUGUGUGUGAUAAUCUUGGUGAUCAUUUGGUCGGUAAUGUCUAUAUUAAAUUUAGAAGAGAAGAAGAUGCAGAAAAGGCUGUAAAUGAUUUAAAUAAUCGUUGGUUUGGAGGACGUCCUGUCUAUGCAGAGCUUUCUCCAGUUACUGAUUUUCGUGAAGCCUGUUGUCGUCAAUAUGAAAUGGGUGAAUGCACUCGAUCUGGAUUUUGUAAUUUUAUGCAUUUGAAACCUAUUUCUAGAGAACUUCGUCGAUACCUUUAUUCUAGAAGAAGAAAAGGAGAUCGAAAACGUUCUUCGAGAUCUCGAAGCAGAAGUCCAAUUCAUAGAGCUGGAUUUAAAAGAUCUCGAAGCAAAGACAGAGAUUCAAGAAGGCGUUCUCGUUCAAGAGAUCGAUCUUCUAGAAAAAGCAAAGAUGAUAGAAGAGACAAAGAUAGAGAUAGUCGUUCUGGACGAUAUUAA